AUGGCCGAUAUAUAGUCAUUAAAAGUAGCUUUUAUUGAAUUCAUUGAAAAAUUACUGCCAUCAAUAUCUGAUCCUAUGUCUAUUACUUAAUAAAAAUGCUAAUUACUGAUUAAAUUGCUCAAAGACGAAUGUAAAACAAUAAAGGAUGUUUGUUUAUAUAUUUAAAACCUCAAAAUAGGACAUAUGAAACCUUCUAGUUAAAAUAUAACAGAAGAAGACAAAUUAAAAUCUCCAAUAAAAACAAAAUAACCAGAUCUUGAGUUAUUUUAGACUGAAACUUAUUUUAGAUUAAGUAAAAAAAUGCCUCCAUAUUAAACUAGAUCUUCCUAACAAAGAUUUAAUAAUAAAGAAAUCAAGUUUAAAGAAUGGUGAAUUAAGAGAUAAAAAACACAAUGAUUCAUAAAGUGAUGGAUAAGCAUAAGACAAUUAAACUCCACUUAAAUUAGGAAUUGAAAAAUUGAAAAGUAUAUAUACAUUCUUAAAAAAAGAGACACCAAAGACAACUUCUACAUUAAAUCUAUUUUUUCAACAAGUAAAAGGGUUUUCAAUAGUUUCAAAAGAAUAUAUAAUUGAUGAUAUAUAACACUGCAUGAAAGAGUUUAGAAGACAUACUAAAAUUAUGGGAUGUAUAGAACAAAGAUCUUUUGAAGUCAAUAGUGGAGAAAUCACUGAUGUUGAUAAAAAAAUGCAUCAUUAAAACUAUACUUUUACUACUUACUCUAAACAAUAUGAAUAAUAAAAAUCUUUUAAGAAAAUGAGCAUAUUUGAACAAAAGAAAACCCAUGAAUUAAACACUAAAGCAUAAAAUAAUGAAUAAUUAAUGCUACAAUAAAACACAACACCACCAAAAACAGAUAAUAAUUCUUUUUAAAAAGAUUAAGAAUCUAUAAAUAAAGAAUCUCAGUAAGCAUUAACUAGUCGUACAUAUUAAACUUCUAAACCUUCUUUAUAUUCUUACAGAGUAUAAUAAAGAAGAAAUGAACAAUAAGGUUACUUAACUUCAAGAAAUAUUUCAUCAUAAGAAUAAAACAAUGAAUAACUUAACAACAAAAUUAUAUAAAAUAAUGAAUUAGAAAUAUAAUAAUAAGAUUCUAAAUUCAAAGCUGCACCACUUUCUUAAGAAUCAACUAGUAAUUAAACAUCUGAAAUCAUCAAAUUAGGCACUAUUCCUUCACCAAAAUAGACAUCUAAACGAUCUAUUAAUGAUACAAUUUCUAUAAAUACACAAAUAAGUUCUCUACCAGUAUCACCUUUUCUAAAUAAUACUAAAAUUACUUUUGAAUCCACUCAAUCACAAAAUAAUUCUCGGGAACAAUCUACUAAUGAAGAAAUAAAAGUAGAGCAAAAAUAAGAAGUUCCAUAAAGAAAUACUUAUACAAGAUUUAAUUACACUUAAUAAAGAUUAUAAUAUAUUAGAGGAAAUUUAGUUUAGAAUAAUUAUAGAGGUUCAAAUCAUAAUUGUGCAGAUGAUAAACCUACAGAACUUCGAAUAGAUAUGAAAUAAUUGGAUUAAGAUUUUUGA